GUUGGAUUUGAAGAAGCCGGCAAGACGUACGCCAAACUUGAAAGUGUCAGCUGGAAAGACACAUGACUGGGGGGACCGUUCCUUUGUUGAAACAACCCAUGGUUCUUUUGGUGGACAGCGAUCCAGAUGUGAUCGAUCUAACGAGUUCAAGCUACGACGAAAGCGAAAACGACGAGACUUUUACUACACCAGAAAAGCCUGUGGACCGGAAAAGGGAGGUCAUGGUUAGUGAAGGGUCCCAUGUUGUGGAACAUGGUGAUGCACACAAUUCUAGAAUCUCGGUCCCCGUCGAUCGAGCGACAGAGACAGCUCUUCGCAAGAUCGGCGACACGCGUGUCGUUAGCAGCAGUGGAGACAAUCAGAGCAUUUUGUCGACAAAAGACAGACAAAAAAGGUUGGACACUCCGGGCGGUGACAUUGCAGAGCUAGAUAAGUACUUUGAAGGCAAGGUGAGAUCAAUCGGAGUCGAUGAAGAGAAUCGGCUGCCAGUGGAACAUGUACUUAACCGACGAACUGGUUCGGACCAAGUAGGACUGGUAGAACAAACUUCACCGGAUGAAAUCAAUCUCUCAGUUCCACAGUCGACACAGCAAAUAGAUAACUCCUCGUCUCUUUUGACCUCGACAUCAUCAGAUUCAAAGAAAGACAACUCGACCUUCAUAUCGGGAAUAUACAGCAGCAUUAGCAAGGUCAGGAACCUUUUUCUCCCGAACAACCUGUUCACUCAGGAUAAAAUCAAUGAAGAAGAAAAAGAAGAAGAAGAAGAAGAAGAAGGAGAAGAAGAAGAAGAAGGAGAAGAAGAAGAAGAAGCAUCUGCUGUUGUCACUCGCUAUCACCAAAUAAACGAUUCAGAGGCGUCGAAACACUCACAAAUCUCUUCCCAAGAUUUCAAGUUACCACAUUUAACCUCCCAAUCGACGAGAAAUAACACAUUGAAUACUUCUUCUUUUGAGGUAAACACGAUCAGUAGCCAGCUUCCCAACCAAACAUAUUACAUGGAAAAGUCUCAACAACCACAACCACAACUUGCAUCUUUGUCGUUGGUGGUUCCCGACUCAACUACAUCCUUAUCCUCAUCAUCUUCACAAUCGCAGUCUCAACAUAGUCAGUUGACUAGUGAGCAGAGAAAAACAGGCUCAACUUCUAAUGACAUGCACGAUUCAGUUUCUUCAACUAAGACGCUACUUCCGCUGAACAACGAGCCUCUCCGUUCCAAGAAUCCGUUGUUACAAUUUUCCCAAUUGAGCGGCUCACUGCUACAAAUGAGAAUAGACAAAAACCCCCAAAGAAAAAAGGCGAAAUCACGGAAAUUAAAAAAAGUUAUAGGAAGCACAGAUGAAGAAGAUGAAGAAUCCAUAGCAAAAAGGGAGGAACGAACAGAAGAAAAGAUAGCCACAAUCCCCAGCAAUGGAAAAAGAAUUUCUAGUUUUGGUUUGCAACCCAUCUCAACCGAUAAAGUAGGAAAAAUAACAGGCUCAAAAACUUUUAUAAGUGAGGAAAUUGGGCUAGAUGAUACCAUGAAAAUAGCAUCAUCUGGAGGCCUUUUUGACGACGACGAUAGACAUCAUAGACAAAAAGAGGUCGAGAACACCUGUCGAGAGAGGGUCACCAGGGCAUGCAUACAAACAGAGGAGGAAACUAGCGAUAGACGCAGAUUGUCUGGCAGUGCAAAACAUAUUUCCACGAUAGAGUUAGAGCUGUCUGCAUCUGAAAACGAGAUUGAGGAAUCUGACAGUCUGGAAGUUCUAGAAGUCAAUCAAUACUUGAAUGCAUUGGAAGAACAGUCUGAUAGCAACAUAGAGAACAUGCCAGGUGACUUUUAUGAUACCGCCGCCAACGAUGUGGUUGAUAAUUCGAAGGAAAAAGCGGAUGCUUAUAGCAUUCAAAAAUCGGAUACACCCAAACUGGAAGAAUCACAAGCCACCCAAUCAAAUGUCAUAAACGAAAUGUUAAACUUUUAUGAAGAAGAGUUUCAAAACCAACAGCUUGAAGAUAUUCACUUUAAUAAUGAUUUUCGGGAGAAUACAAAAAACAGUGCAGAUUACUCGAAUUUGUUUGUUCCUGAAGAUGAAUCUUAUGACUCGAAUCUUAUAGGCGAUUCUAGCGAGCAAUAUAAAAGUAACGAUAAAAUAUUAAAGGAAGGAGAAUUAAGAGAUAUUGGAAACAUAGCUGAAGAUGAUGAGGAUGAUGAAGAUGAAGUCUUAAUAGUUAAAAAGAAUAGGAAAAAACAAAUUAGUCAUCGGCUUAUGAGUUUAGCUCGACAAAAACGGAAGAAGAAACUGUCAGAGUACAAUCCUUAUUCGGAUUCCGAUAGUGGUUCUGAAAGAGAUGAAAGCACUUCCGAUUUAUCUUCAGGUUACAUUAGUAGCCCUAACGACAAUAAAAAUUCAAGAGAUUUUAUUGUAAAUGACAAUUCAGUAGAAUUUGAGUCAGAUUCAGAUUCGGGUGAUGAGUUGGCAAAAAAUGAACUGUUGAGUAAGCUCCAAGAAAGAAGCGAGCGUGAGAGUAAAACAGAGAAGAAACGAAAAAAGAUUGAAUCAGAGAUGGAGAGUUCAGAUGACGAGCAGCAGCAAAGAAAACAACAACGCCGGAAACCACCGCUUCAAGAAUCUAUGAGAAUCAGAGGAAAAAGAGCUCGUACUAGAAGUAGCAGGCUCAAAGAGAAGAGAAUCGAGGGAAAGGACGUUAUUGUUUUGGAUAGCGAUUCGGCUGAAAGUCUAGGCAACGCUGAGAUUGAACCAGACGACCAUGGUCAGAUGUCAGUUGUGAAGAUGGAGCAUCCAUUUUUAGGCGAUUCACAAAUGGCUUUGCUUGAAGUGAAGUCUAAUAUCGAGCAAGCUUUUUUCGAGAAGGCUGAUAUCAGAGAUCUUGAGCCUGAACAGCUUGAGCCUGAACAGCUUGAGCCUGAACAGCUUGAGCCUGAACAGCUUGAGCCUGAACAGCUUGAGCCUGAACAGCCUGAGCCCAAAGAGAUUGAGCCCAAACAGCUUGAGCAUAAACAGCUUGAGCUCAAAGAGACUGAGCCCAAAGAGAUCGAUCCCAAAGUGAUUGAGCAAGGAAGCGUACCCGAAGAUCAAAAGUCCGAAGGAGCAGAACAAAUUGACACUGUACCAAAAGAAUUUGGUCUAGAAGAGCCCAAAGUCAAAGAAAUUGAGUCGGAAAAGGCUGAAGUCAAAGAAGCUGAUAUCAACAAGGUUAUAGGUUCUACCAAAUUACAAUUCUCUGACGCAGUGAAGCAUAUCAAGAAAAGUUCAGGACAGAAAACAGAGAAACAAGUUAACGAAACUACGCCGGCAAACCACCCUGCUUCUCCAACUGACUGUAGUAGCUGCACGAGACAGAAAAAUUCUGAUUUGAUAGAAUCAUGUGAUCGGCAAGAAAUAUGUUCUAAUUGUAAAAGACAAGGUGUGGCAUGUGUGUAUCAUCCUGAAAAGGGUACGACAAAAGUUGACAAGACUCUCAAAAAAUUUGCUCGAAAACAAUCAGCGAAAAAGAAAAAGAAAGCACCUAAAAGUACCGACAAUUCGUUACUUGAGAAGUUGAACGAGAGAUUGAGAGUGAAGCAUGGAAAGAAGAAAGAUAAGAGAAACGGCCAAACUGGGCGUUGAGAAUCACAAGCGACAGCCGACUGUGGAAUUUAUAAGGGAAAAUACUACUUUCGCUUCUUUACUAAUUAUAUAGACUUACAAGAAAUCACGUAUUGGUAAUGGUAUUAUUUGGAAAAUAAAGUCAAGCCCC